AUGUCGGCGUUUAACGGGAAAUCCCCGUACGCCCCCGACUACGCCUCCUACAACUGGAUCGGUGCUCCCGCCAAUUAUGACCUCUCCACCAACACCGACUUGGGCGGUGAUUCCCGCACCGAAAAUGUCAACAAAUGGUUCCAGUCCGGCGACCAGGCCUAUAUCAUCGUCUCUUCCGCAAUGGUCAUGGUCAUGAUCCCUGGCCUAGGUUUCCUGUACUCUGGUCUCGCUCGUCGCAAGUCCGCUCUUAGCAUGAUCUGGGCCUGUAUGGCUUCGUUCUCGGUUGUCACUUUUCAAUGGUAUUUCUGGGGCUACUCGCUUGCUUUUUCCACCACCGCGACAAACGGCUACAUCGGCAAUCUACGCAACUUCGGCCUCAUGAAAACCCUUGCUGAUCCCAGUCCCGGCUCACCCUUGAUCCCUGGCCUCCUUUUCGCCUUUUAUGAAAUGCAAUUCCUAGGUGUCACUGCUGCUAUCGUCAUGGGUGCCGUCGCUGAGCGCGGUCGCCUGCUUCCCGCCAUGGUCUUCACUUUCAUUUGGGCUACGAUCGUCUAUUGUCCGCUCGCCUGCUGGGCUUGGAACUCCAACGGCUGGGCCUAUAAAUAUGGCGUUAUGGACUAUGCCGGUGGUGGUCCCGUCGAAAUUGGAUCCGGUUUCACUGCUCUGGCAUACUCGAUGGUCCUGGGUCGCCGUCAAGAACGCAUGAUGCUCAACUUCCGCCCACACAACGUCUCUCUCAUCCUCCUCGGUACCGUCUUCCUCUGGUUCGGCUGGCUAGGCUUCAACGGCGGCUCUGCCUUUGGUGCCAACCUUCGCGCUACUAUGGCUUCCUGGAACACGAACUUGACUGCCGCCUUCGCCGCUAUUACUUGGGUUCUGCUUGAUUGGCGCCUCGCCAGAAAGUGGUCGAUGGUCGGCUGGAUUUAUCUCCCCUGGGCCAGUGUCAUUCUGGGUGUCGUCACUGGCAUCGUGUGCAAUUACGCAACCAAGAUCAAGUACUGGAUUCGCAUCGAUGACUCCAUGGAUGUUCUGGCUGAGCACGGUAUCGCCGGUAUUGUCGGACUCAUCUUUAACGCGUUCUUCGGCGACGACGCUAUUGUCGGCUUGGAUGGUGUCAACACAGGCGCCGGCACUGGUGGCUGGGUCAUCCACAACUACAAGCAACUUUAUAUUCAAAUCGCCUAUAUUGUCGCAACUGCCGCUUACUCCUUCGUCAUGUCUGCCAUCAUCGCUUAUACCAUCAACGCCAUCCCUGGCCUGAACCUACGUGCUUCGGAAGAGGCAGAGCUCCUCGGCAUGGACGACGACCAGCUCGGCGAGUUCGCCUAUGACUAUGUUGAGGUUCGCCGUGACUACCUUGCUUGGACCCCCCAGGCCAAGGAUCAAUACGAGGACGGUCACCACAUCCCCGCUAAUGAGCGUUACGGUAUCGGCGAGCACUCGGAGAUGAUGCUUGAGGGCCAACCGCCCAUUAUGGGCAUGAACAUGAACAUGGGCGAGAUCAGCCAGAGCUCUCGCGGUGGCAGUGAGGGAGACAUGGCGAUUCAAGAAAUCAAGAUGGCGCAAGCCCCUCGACAAGUCGCCGAGUCGCACCCUCCUGACACGCAGAUUCGUGCGCCCAGUCCGACCGCGACACCCGUUGUCUUGCGACCUGUUGAUGAAAAGGAUGUCUAA